CCCACUUCCCCCGCCGACGAGCUCUUCUACAUGGGCAAACUCCUUCCUCUCCACCUUCCUCCCCGUCUCGAAAUGGUCCACAACAUACUGCAAAACUCCGCCUCUUUCCACUCCAAAUCCAAACCUUUCGAAGACGACGAACCCUUCACCACUCCACUCUUCAUGACUCCCACAGCCAACACCCCUUUCGAGUCCUGCAACGUCUCGCCGUCCGAAUCUUGCCAUGUUAGCAGAGAGCUGAGCCCGGAUGAGUAUUUUCUUGACUACCAGGAGAAGAAGUCCUGGACCAAGAAACUCAAGCUGAUCAAACAGUCGUCGAGUUCCAGUAUUGGCUCUAAGCUCAAAUGGACUUAUCUCAAAUCAUUGUUUACUAAGUCUUCUGGCUGCUCAGAUGACUGCUGUGCUGCGGGCGAAAGGCCGCUUCCAAAAGCCAAGCAACAUGGGAAUGGCUAUUCAAAAAGUGUUGAGCCUUUCGGGAAAAUUAAGUACAACAAAGGCAGCAAUUUCGUGGAGGAGCAUCGUAGAGGAGGAAGUCAUAGAAGAUCGUUUUCCGGGGCCUUCAAGAGGCUUUCAAAGCCCAAGACGUCGGCCAUUUCGCCCUCGAAUUCCAGCUCUGAGAAUUGCAAUCGGCAAGCUUUUAACAGCAAUAGCAGCUCCAGCUCGGAGCUUGACAACCCGAUUCAGGCAGCUAUUGCUCAUUGUAAGAGGUCUCAGCAACAGCUUUACUCGAGACAAAUUGCGAAUGAACUCGGAUUUUGCUCGGUUUCUGCUUCUUCCAGGGUGAUUUACGAUGAGCAAGAAAGACCAGGGCUUUGCAGGGGCUGAAAGAUCAUUGCGGAUGGUCAAGUUCUUUUUCUUGUGUUUUAAUGGACACCUCAGGUCGAGAUUAAUGUUAAUGGAAUGCUGAUAUUGAAGAUAGUAAUAGAAAUAAUUUGUUCUGCACUUGAGAAGUUUAACUAUCUCUUGAAAGUAUAUUCUUUCUCGAGUUA